UGAUUUUAAACCAAGUGAUUCAAUAAACUAUUUUAAGUGUGUUUUGUCAUGAUUAUUCCAUGGCCACUGAACCGGCUUUAACUGACAAUGACUAGGAGAGUUGAACGGCAUUGUAGGUCAGAUGAAUGAGCACAGUAGCCUGGAAUUUAUUAAUAUAUUGUCCUGGCCUAUGAGCGAUGUUCUGCUACUCACACGCGGGCGUGGGCGCAGGCCACGAGCACCCUGAGCUCGGCCACCUCCCCACCAGGGCGCGGCUGGGGGCGCGCUGCCGUCUGCUCGGGGGUGCAGCGCUCGCUAAACCCUCGGCUGGCGAGUGUGAUGCUGGAGAAAGACCUGCAGAGCUGACGCCUCCAGCAGCAGCUGUGCAUAAGGAUAACACUGAAGAAGCAGCGCCCGUGUUCGAGUGUGACGGCGAGAGCUGCGGUGCGUCGUGGCUGAGCUCCCGCGCGCAGCUGACCAGCGACGCGCGCCAUGAACUGCUGCGCCUGCGACACCUGCGCGCGCCGCACUGUGCGCACCUCAGCCGCAUCCCGCCUCUUGCCUCACAAAUACUGCGCACAGCUAACGGUAAGAUGCACGAUGCUGCCUCCUCCCCGAGUAGCACGUCACUGAUGGACGACGCUCAGCCAUCCGACGCCGACGAUGACGACUGGCUGGACGAUGUGGCUGAGCAGCUGGCUGGUGCUGAGCGACUGGUGGGUUCAGUGCGCCGGCGGCUGCUGCAGAGGACGGCUGACGCUGCUGCCGUGCCCGCUCCUGGUGACAUGGUACAAGAGGAACAGAUUCCUGACAUUGGGAGUUUGGGUGUGUCACUGAUGUCGCUGCUGCGUCCCAAGCGUCCCCUCAAGCCAGACCGCAAGGUGCGCGGUGUGGUGCGUGCAGGGGGCGCCGUGGUCCCGGGGCGACGUGUGUCCCUCAUCCUGAACGUGGCGCGCGCCUUCAACGUCCCCGUCAGAGAAGACUUCGACCCCGAGGCCAGUCUCAGCGCCCUCUCCCGCGACGAAGGCGCGUGCCCUUGCGUGCGGCCGUACGUGACGGUGUCAUUCCAGGGGCGCGACGCGCGUACCAGCGUCGCCCAGGGCGCCAACCCCACCUGGAACCAGCAGCUCGUGCUCCCCUUCAGGCCCGGCGGCGAGGAACAGGCCAGUGCAGGUCUCGUGAGAGAGCAGGUCGUUCUGCAGCUGUUUGACGAGCGCGUCAUCGACGACCCGCCUGCCCCAGCCUCGGACGACGUGGAUGUUGCGGAAGCAGGGAGCGCGGCCGUACGCAGUCGCCUGCACAGCACGUGGCUGGCGAGCCUGCGCAUCCCGACGGCGGCGCUGCUGCGGAACACCUGCAAGGUUGAGGGGACGUUCGAGAUGUCGAGCCCCGUGGCGCUGCUGGGGUACCGCCGGGGGGCGGACGGCAGAGGUCGCCCCGGUGAGGCGGGCGCCACGACCAUCACGCUGUACCUCACCCUCGAGCCCGCGCUCCCUCAGCCGCCCAGAAUUGAACCUGCUCUGCUGUCGUCAAGUGGAGACGUCUUGACGUCGCCGUGCAAGUCUUGGCUGUCAUGGCUACAGAGCCACCACCCGCAGCGGCUGUACGUGUGCUGCAGCUACACCAUGUCUGGUCAGCUCACCACCCUCGACCGCUUCAUCACACCCAUACCUCCGCCUGACAUCACCUCCAGCGCGGAGCCGGCUGAGCAGGUGCAGUGCAAAGUGGCGUGGUUCGUGUCGCUGCUGCCUGCGCUACCAGACAUGAGCCUCCUGCCAGACUGUCUCAACAUCACUGCAACGUCUGAUCAAUUCGUGAGGCACGCGUGUGGGGGGGAAGCUGAGCGCGCGAUGCUCCUGACGAACUUCUUCCUGCACCUCGGCUACGACGCCUACCUCAUGCUGGGCAGCAGCGUGUGUGAAGGGCAGCUCUGGUGCACGUUGGUGCGAGGAGGUCCCCCAGCAGCAACACCUGCAGAAGCCGCCCCUGCUGCCUCCAGAGGCCCCCGCCACAGCAGCGUCGUUGAAGGGAAGCAUUCCUGGAAAAUCUGGUGCCCAGCCUCCGCUAUGGUGUACUCAACCCGCGACCCAUUCUGCCCUGUCAAGUCCGUCUAUGCCUUGGUCAACCAGCACAAUGUGUGGGGUAACUGCCAGAAGUUUGACGACCCCGCGCGCGUGCAGUUCAACGUGGACGACAGCGGCGCGUGGCGCGCACUACGCGGGGGCAGCGCGCCCCCUGCGCCGUGCGUGCAGCCCAGGACCAUCGAGUACGGCCCGCCUGCGCAGCACCACGACAAGGAGCUGCGCGAGAAGCUCACGCUCAUCGUGCGCGACGCUUUCAUGAAGUGGCGACCUCUUAAUAAGACUGUGUGGAACCGCCACGCAUGCGACGUGCUGCGGGGAGUCGUCCGUCGGCUCGAGGCCCCAAGGGCGAGUGGUGGGGCGGCGCCCCCUCCCUCCGCGCCGCUGCUGCGACUCCACCAGUCGCACUCGAUAUGCGGCGUGUGCAUCCAGCAAGGCUGGUGCGGCAUCGGACCGCUGCUGACGGCCGCCCGCAGCGCCGCCGUGCACACGUGCGCUGCUCCUGACGUCGAGUUCGCCGUCGCCGUCUACACGAACCCUUACCCUGCCAGGGCGACGAGCGUGUGGCUGUACCUCGCCUCCCUCGUCAGGAGGACAUCGUAGUGCCCUGCCAGGGUGACGAGCGUGUGGCUGUACCUCGCCUCCCUCGUCAGGAGGACAUCGUAGUGCCCUGCCAGGGUGACGAGCGUGUGGUUGUAUCUCGCCUCCCUCAUCAGGAGGACAUCGUAGUGCAACACGGCAUAUGCAAUGCCAUUUCACAAUGUAAAUUUUACAUUGUAAAAUUUGUAAUCCGCAUAUUAGAUCCUAUGAAUGUUGGAACCUUUUUUCGUCGAUUGAAUCACCGGAUGUAUUUGUCUUCUUGAUUCUCUCUAACCAUCGUUCUGUUCGAAAUUUGUUGCCUCAUUCCAUCAUUGCACGACUUUUUUCUCUUGGUAUAAGAUCAGAUUUUCGAUAGCACAAGUCCUAGAAUCUAAAUUUAAAUACGUGUAGCUUUUAAUUUGUAGCUCAAUGGCGUGAACACAUUUCACGUGUCACCACUGUCAUUCUAGUCAUUUUAUCUAUUUACUAGUCAUUUUUUCUAUCUAUUCGUAUUUCGUACACGUAUACAUUACAUUGCUAGUCAGAGUUACUUUCGUUUAUGAGCGUUCAUUUCGAUUAUAAGGCAGGACCUAGACUGGGGUAUCUUUACAAUGAGCUCUAUUUGUCUAGAAGACGCAUGAACUCACCUAGUCGGAAAGUACAAGUUUACGUCAGUAUUUAAAAAAAAAAACAUUGUAUUGCAAGCUUUCGUCGCUCUUUUGAUCUAUAAUUUCACAUGUUUAGAGUUUGAGUCCUAGCUUCGAUGAAGUCGAUAUUAGUAAAUUAUCCAAGCCACUAUGUCCUGUGAUCUGCUAGGCCUGAAGUAAAUACUUUUUUCUA